AUGUAUAUAAGCAUAACAGAAACGGCCAUUAACGUAUGCCUUCUCGUUUUCCGAGCCUUAAGAGAUUACAAGAGUAAUCACAGAGUGGACGAAGAAGAAGAAGAAGAAGAAGAAGAAAAAGAAGAAGAAAUCGAUCGUUUCGUUUUCCUCAUGAUACAACAGAUUUAUAAUCCGAGAAAGGUCUCUGCUGUAAGAGAUUUUCCCGAUGGAUGUGGUACUCAGCCCAUUAAGAAUCCGACAGGUGAGAUUGUUGCAGUCACGAGUGAGAUACGACAGAGACCGGUUCGCUCUGAACAUAGCUGUGACGGUGUGACUGAUCAAGAUUACCACCAUAGGCGUGCUUGUUCUGUUGAUAGGUUUAAGGAAGUUGAAUCAUUUGAUGUGAUUAUGAAGAAAGCUGGCUUCAAUUUGGCAAAUAAUGGUAAUGUUGGGAGAAGAAGAUUUGAUGCAGCUAAGAGGAAGUUUACUCCAUCUUGUGGAAGUAAAGUCAAACCUCUAAGUUUAGAGGAAAGCAUGAGGCUGAUUGCUUCUCAGAGCAGAAGAAGGGAACUUUCAGGUUCAUCUACUAACAUUAGGAGGAAGCUUUUGCUAGCCAAAGCUGUGCAGAGUUACAGAAACUCCCCCGAGAAGAAGAAGGAGAAGAAGAAGUUGAGUAGUGCAACUGCUACACUCAACAAAGUUACUAUGCAACAAAACCAGAACACAAUAGUUCUUAGCCCACGGGAGAAAGUUCUCAGGACACUGCGUCUUUUCAAACUCGUGUUUAAAGAGCUGGAACGAGACAAAGCUACACGGCGUGGAGAAUCAAAGACUGUCAUGGGUAGGAUAGAUCACGAAACAAGGACUAUCCUCAUGCGCGAGGGGAUUCAAGUGAAUGGUGUAAAGAUGAUCGGAGCAGUCCCUGGAAUCGAAGUUGGAGAUGUGUUUCAGUACAAAUCAGAACUCUACUUGAUCGGUCUCCAUUUCGACAUCAUGGGUGGGAUUGAUUACUUGAGUAGAGGAGACUUGAAACUAGCUACGAGCAUUGUUUCCUCGGAAGGUAAUGGUUACAUGGAUAGAUUCGACUCUGAUGUGAUGAUUUACUCUGGUCAAGGAGGUAACGUGACGAGCAAAGAUCGAAAACUAAUCGAAGAUCAGAAGCUUGUUACGGGCAAUUUGGCUUUGGCAAACAGCAUGAGGGAAAAGACUCCUGUGAGAGUGAUUCGUGGCACAAAGAGAUUGGACCAAAGAGGAAAGUGUUACGUGUAUGUUGGGUUAUAUUUGGUUGAAGAUUAUUGGCAAGAGAGAGGAUUUGUAGGUAAUGUUUUGUUUAAGUUCAAGCUUCGUAGAAUAUCUGGUUGA